AUGAAAGUCAAAUACUACUCCAGUUUUCAAUUGGCUGGUCAAGAAGAAGAAGAGAAGAUGAAAAACAAUAACAACUCAAUUUCACGUGCUUCAGAUCUUCAGAUCAUAAAUUCAAUUGCUGCAAUCCCCGAUCUGCGUUUUUUGUUCAUUUUGUUGCUGGGCCAAUCCUGGGCGGUUUUAGUUAAUCCCCAAGAGGAUUUGCACCCCGGCCAGCCGAAUGCCUACUACCCAUCAGCGGCUCAACACAAUGGCUAUCAUUACCAGCGACCUCAGGGGAAUCAAGGGAAUACUUUGGGUUCUUCGGUAGCCAAAAAAUCGUCAUUUGGAUUAAAACUGCAACCCUAUGAAUAUAACAGGGCCACAGAGCAGCAUGUACCACCUAGGUUCAGGCCCAGGCCCCAGAGUCCUGCACCAGUGAAUCAGGUUCCAAAUUCAGCAAAUCACAAUCCCUCAAAUCAGAGGCAAGAACAGCAAAGCAGUUCUUAUUCUCAACAAGGAUCUUAUCAGGAUAAUUCAAGGACUAACAUUCCAACACAACAGCAACAAUAUCCUCGACCAGGAUUUACAGGACAACCAUCUCCCAGCAUUGUUUCUAACAACCAGCAGCUGCCUUCUCAGACUUCAGCGAAUUUUGUCUCAACCUCGGUCCAAGGGACCUCUUCCUCAUCACACCAUCGCCAAAGACCUCCAUACUCACAACCAGGACCUUAUCCUGGAAAUAAUCAGCCAAAUAACCAGGAAAGACCUUCCUAUACCGCCCAAGCACCCAACAAUUCAGGCCAAAGGCCAACAAAUGGUUACCAGUACCAACCAAAUUUCUCCAGGGCAGAGGAAGCUAGUCAGAGUUCCCAGAGCCUAGAGACUCAGACACAGACCCAGGGUGGACAAAAUGGAUAUCAGGGCAAUUUUCAGCAAAAUUUGCCAAAAACUAGCCAAUCCCCUCAACAAACCAAGGAAUCUCAGGAGAACUUUGGCAGACAACCCAAAUCCAAUUUUGAAGGCUACGCCAAUCAGAAACCUGUUCAGGAAUCAAAUUUCUAUCCCAACAGACCUGAAGGAUAUCCCCAACCGAAUUCUCCUCCUGGCCAGGGAAAUUCAUUUCCAGUCCGAGAAAAUUCAAGGGCUCCAGAUGCCAAUCCCAGUUUUCCUUUAGCCUCGCAGCAACAAAACUACCAAAGACCCCAUCAGGAAAAUGCUGUUCCAAGUGGAGCAAAUUUAGGCACUCCAAAUGGUAAUCAGGAUAUCCUGCCAGGCAGUCAAGAAGUUGGGCAAAAAACCUACCUUCGGCCUGGUCAAGAAAAUGGAAAAGUUCCGGAACAACCAGGAAGUCAGCAAAAUUCCCACGAUUCUCAACAAAAAUUUGAAGGUCAAAGCCAGCAAGGUCCUGUACAACCUACCGUAGCUCAAAAUAAUGGAUAUCCCAUAGAAAAUGGUCAGAAUAUCUAUCCAACUCAGGGAUAUGCCUAUCAAUCCCAAGCAGAAUCUACAGGCCCUAGGCCAGUACAAAACAAUGGCUAUGCAGGAUCCAAGGACGGCAAUGUCCAAGGACAUUAUCCCCAAAAUGCCUAUCAAUCCCAAGAGAUGCCUACAAAUUCUGCAUCAGGCCAAAAUAAUGGCUAUUCAGGACAAAAACUUCACAAGGAUGCAGGAUAUUCAUAUCAAGGUCAACAGGAUUCUAGGCAAAAUGAACAAUCCUCCAAAGACUCCGCUCUGCAAACAAAUAGGCCACAAGAAGCCAAUACUUUCCCUUUGAGCCAAGGAUCUGAUGCAGCAACUUACCCAGGAUCUGGCCAACAGAAUCCUUCCCAAAUGACCCAAAAUUCCGAAGGAUCGUACCAAAAUAAUUCUCAAAAUCCUCAACAGGAACGUGGAUACCCCAAGGAUAUAAGACCAAAUCCAGAGCUAAGCUAUCAACCCCAAGAGGCGACUGUAAUUCCAAAUGGAAGCCAAGGUACUGGACAACCUCAGCACCAAUUGAUGGAACAAAUUUCCCAGCAGAACCAGGGUUACCCUCAAGCCAUGAGACCAAGUCCCCAGAUAGCUUAUGAACCCCAGAUGGGGACUACAAAUCCAAGUGGCAACCAAAAUAAUGGACAACCCCCGAUGAACUUCCCUCCACAGGGAUAUCCUCCAGCAGUGAGACCAAAUUCCGAAAUAACCUAUCAAUCUCAGCAGGGGAAGCCUGAAACGAAUGGAAAUCAAAAUAUUGGAGGACCUCAGCAAUAUGAUACUGAAAUUACCCAGCAAUCCUCUUCUGGCGCCCAACGGCAGAUUGGUUCCCUUGAAGUUAACAACUUCCCCCAAAAAUCUUCAGAGGUACCGAAACCUUCCCGGCAAUACCUACCACCAUUUUCAGAUAACGAAUACCAAACUCCCAGCCCUGUAACCUUAGAAAUCUCCACACAAAAUCAGGGCUCUCUUGCCACUGAGGCUCCCCAAACUCUUCCACAAGACCAAGGCCUUUACUCUCAGCAUCAAAGCCAAAGUGAAGCUCCACAAGGCAGCCUAGUCCAAGAGCCCACCACAACAACACCAAAUCCCCCCGAGACCACCCUUGCCACAUAUCAUGGCCCCAGCCAUCAGUAUUUACCCUCUCCAGCUCCAAAGGUCAAUAAUACUGCCAUACAGCCCUUCUACAAUACCCAACCCUGGAAUCCCAUACCAUCGAACAACAAUCGUAUGCCCAAAAUGGAAUCUCUUAGCCUUCCCCAGGGCUAUCGUUAUAACACCCCCUCCAUGAAACAAACCGCCGAGCAUGUUCAAACCCACAAUGGUGUGGUUUAUAAUGAGCUUGGAAUGGGUAUGACCACCCCCAACCCUGCUGUGGAAAAAGCAACGAAUUCGACCAAAGAAGUUAUGGGAAAAACGGAAAUUGAAACGCAGGAAGGUUAUACCUAUGGAAGACCAGCGACCGAAUUAAAGGACCCCAAUGGUAUCACACAAUUGAGGCCUGUGGAUACCAUGCCUCCAUCCUAUGUUUAUUACAACAAACAACAGCAACAACAUAGGCAAAAUGGCACCCAGGAAAAUACCGGAAUCUCAGGCCACAAAAAUGAGGAAAAUUCCAUGACCUCACAUCAAGCUAACCCCAAUCCUUCAAGGCCCUCAGACGAGGACCGGAAGUUUCUCGAUUCUAAUGGAAAUUUACCAGAAGGUUCAGGAUCUCCUUCAGCUACUGGAGGACCUCUAAUGCCUGAAAAUAUGCCACAGGAGGAAAAAAGGCAACAUGGAAGUCCUCAGGUGGCCCAACAUAGCUUGGCCCCCAUUGUUCCAAUGGAAGGUGGCAUGACACUCCAGGACUCCAAUGUGGCAGAAAAUCCCGGCCAUUACCAAAAUUCUGGAGUCUCUGCCAAUUCGGAGGCCGAAAAUGGUUACCAAUAUCCCUAUAAGCAGGUCUCAGCUCUUAGCCAAGUUAAUAGGAAUCCCCAGGAAGGGCAACAAUCUCAGCCUAUGGCCCCUGUGAAUCGGGACUCUGGAAAUUCCGAGGGAGAUUCUUCCCAAUUUCGACCCUCAAAUUAUCCUGCCACACAACAAGGCUCCCAGCAAUACCAUAACGGAAUGAGUACCCAAUUCCGGGGUUAUCCUCCAUCUAACUAUUCCAUGGAAACUCCAAAGGAAUCACAAAGUACCCCACAAACUUCUAUGGGAACUACACAGCUCCCAGCCGGGACAGAGGGAAACCAGGAAGGCCAAAAUCAACCUCAAACACCCCCUCGCCCUGAAAUUAACCAAGGACCCUAUAUGCAAAUUCCUGUACAACAAUCCUUCCAGGUUACAGAAACUCAGGCCAUGAUUCCCAUGUUCAGACCCUCACCACAGUUCCAGAGUAAUUCCUACAAUUAUGGAACUCCCGAAGGCAAUCAAAUGACCCUUCAAAUCGCCCAACAAAACCUGGCCAACCAAAACCAGGUUACUGGAUCAAACCAAGGACCUUUCCUUCCCUCGCAACAGAAUUUCAUGGUGCCACAAUCUCCAGAAAAUCCUGGACAAAAUAUGCCAACCCUUGUAAUGGACUACCCACAAAAUCCUGGUCCAAUGCAGGGCUAUUUUAUGCCAGUUCCACAACAAGGUUUCCCAGGAGCUCCACAAAAUAAUAUGAUAUUCCCACAAAUGCCCUAUCAAAAUCCCCAAAUGGCGAACUCAAAUAUUUCUCCAAAUCUCCCAGAAAUUUCCGUGCUACAAACCACCACUCCCAACACAAUUAUGAGCUUCUUUGGCACCCCCAAUCCUGAGGCCAUUUCAUCAUCAAAUCCCCAACCCGAUUCCACGACUAAUCCCGCCAAUAGACCCAUGACCUUUGAGGAAACCAAAACCUAUAUGCAAAUGCCAUCCCAUUCCUUUGAAUUGCCCUCCUCUUAUGUCAUGGUUCCAGGGAAUGCUGAACAACAUUUAAUGCCAGAGCCACGAAUACCAAAUCAAACACCCGCCAUAACAUCCGAGGCUGAAGAGAUCACACAACAUCCCAUGGUUCCAGUGGAAACUUUAAUGGUAACACAGGAACCCAUUAGGCAGCCUCAUCUUGUCUAUGGCUCACCAGAUCAGCCAGGCACCACAACUGUAUCUUCCGAACCAAAACCCCAACAACCGUCAGAAAAUGAGAGAAAUUCUCAAGUGAUGUUCCUCCAAAAUCCCCUUGGUUAUGCUGCUCCUGAGCAGGCCAUACCUCCUGUGACCCCCGGCACGGUUUCUCAAGACCCUGGUGUUACAACCCCAGAGUCAGUUGUGGCUGAAGGAAAUUCUCAAAAUUUCAUGCCUCAGCAGCCCAUGCGCCAACCCCAUCUCAUCUAUGGCCCCCCUGUCUAUGAACCCUCAAAACACUACUUGCCAUCGCCCUAUCUGAAAAAGUAA